AAUGUCAAAGCUGUCAGCUUGCAUGUCGGUGCUUCGGUUUUUUGCCAAUCAUCGCAGAUUUUCCGCUAAUCUCACCGUUUUUACAAUAAAACAAAGUCAAUUGUUUAUUAACGUGAAUAAUUCAACUGCAGCUUCUUUCACGGGAAAGAUAUUGUGCGCUCGCGCAUCGUCCUCGACGCCGUGGAACAUGAGCUUUGCCUACCCGGAGGUGAGACGCGAUGAGACCGUGGUCGACGACUAUCAUGGAACUAAGAUAGUAGACCCCUAUCGAUGGCUCGAGGAUCCGGACUCUGAGGAAACGAAGGCUUUCAUAGAAGCCGAGAACAAUAUAACCCGGCCGUUCCUCGACUCGUGCCCAGUGAAGAAGGACAUAAACGAGCGAUUGACAGAACUAUGGAACUAUCCAAAGUAUUCCUGCCCCUUCAGAAGAGGAGACAGAUACUUCUUCUUCAAGAACAGCGGUCUACAAAAUCAGAACGUGCUGUACGUGCAGGAGAGCCUGGAGGGCGAGCCGCGCGUGUUCCUCGACCCCAACAAGCUGUCGGAGGACGGCACGGUGGCGCUGUCGGGCAGCCGCUUCACGGAGGACGGCAGCACGUUCGCGUACGGGCUCUCCGCCAGCGGCUCGGACUGGAUCACCAUACACAUGAAGGACGUGGCCACGGGUGAAGAUUACCCAGAAGUAUUAAAAAAUGUCAAAUUCGCAUCGAUGUCGUGGACCAAAGACCAUAAGGGACUAUUUUAUUCUCGCUAUCCGGAACAAACGGGCAAGACGGACGGCUCGGAGACGGAGGUGAACCGCGACCAGAAGCUGUGCUACCACCGCCUCGACACGCCGCAGGACCAGGACGUCAUCGUCGUCGAGUUCCCCGACGAGCCGCUGUGGAGGAUCGGCGCGGAGGUGAGCGACUGCGGGCGCUACCUGCUGGUGUCGCCGGUGCGCGACUGCCGCGACAACCUGCUGUUCUUCGCGGACCUCUCCAAGCACCCGGAGAUCGACGGGAAGCUGCCGCUCACGCAGAUCGUGCACCAGUUCGAGGCGGACUAUGAGUACGUCACAAACGAAGGCUCCGUGUGCAUAUUUCGCACCAACAAGAACGCACCCAAUUAUAGAUUAAUUAAGAUCGAUUUGAACAAUCCUGCCGAGGAAAAUUGGCAGACCCUUAUUCCUGAACACCCCACAGAUGUGCUGGAUUGGGCAUCCGCUGUGGAUCACGACAAACUAGUCUUACAUUAUGUCCGUGAUGUUAAGAGUGUUCUUCAACUACACAAUAUGGCUAAUGGGGAGCUGAUCCAAGAAUUCGGCCUAGACGUUGGUUCCGUAGUAUCAUUCUCAGGGAAGAAGGAGCAGAGCGAGAUUUUCUACCACUUUAUGUCUUUCCUUACGCCGGGUAUUAUCUACCAUGUAGACCUUAAGAAAAAACCAUAUACACCAACGGUAUUUAGAGAAGUAACAGUGAAAGGUUUUGACCCAACACAAUACGAGGCUAAACAAAUUUUCUACUCAAGCAAAGAUGGCACCAAAGUUCCUAUGUUCAUAGUGCACAAAAAGGGUAUCGCGCUCGACGGCAACAACCCCGCGCUGGUGUACGGCUACGGCGGGUUCAACAUCAACGUGCAGCCCAGCUUCAGCGUCACGCGGCUCGUGUUCAUGCAGCACAUGGGCGGCGUGCUCGCCAUACCCAACAUACGGGGCGGCGGGGAGUACGGCGAGCGCUGGCACAACGCGGGGCGGCUGCUGAACAAGCAGAACGUGUUCGACGACUUCCAGGCGGCGGCGGAGGAGCUGCACCGGCGCGGCUACAGCCGGCCCGCGCUCACCACGGCGCAGGGCGGCUCCAACGGCGGCCUGCUCGUCGCCGCCUGCAUCAACCAGCGGCCCGACCUCUACGGCGCCGCCGUCGUGCAGGUCGGUGUUCUCGACAUGCUCCGGUUCCAGAAGUUUACAAUCGGCCACGCGUGGGUAUCAGACUACGGCAGCUCGGAUAACAAGACACAAUUUGAGAACUUACUCAAGUAUUCACCGCUGCACAAUAUUCAGCCCCCAGACAAUGUGAGCCGCGCGGAGUACCCCGCGACGCUGGUGCUGACGGCGGACCACGACGACCGCGUGGUGCCGCUGCACUCGCUCAAGUACAUCGCGGCGCUGCAGCACGCCGCGCGCCUCGCGCCGCAGCGCCGCCCGCUGCUCGCGCGCGUCGACACCAAGGCGGGCCACGGCGGCGGCAAGCCCACCGCCAAGAUCAUUGAAGAACAUACAGAUAUUCUGUGCUUCAUGACACAGACGCUCGGUCUCAAAUUCGAGAAGUGAGAGACACUGCCAUAUUUGAAAACAAAGUAUUAAGAGUACCACGAGAUGCAAUAGUAUUAUGUAAAUAAAGUGAACACAAACACAUCUGUUGAUUACCUCGGGUCUUAAAUGAUGAGACUGGUGAUAUUUGUUACGCAUUGCUAUUUUUUUAUUAAAUAAACUUUGUUUUUUA